AUGAUAACAUCUAAAGAAACAGAAGAAAGAAAUACGAAGAUGAUGCGAGGUGUAAUUCUACCAGGCAACUCGACUGUUGAAUUUCGAGAACUGCCUAUACCACAACCAGGAAAAGGGCAAGUGCUUGUCAAAAUUAAGGCAUCAUCGAUUUGUGGCAGUGAUAUUCGCGCUAUCAAUCGUGAACAUUUGGGUACUGGCGAUGAAAAAUAUCGUAAUGUUAUUGCUGGUCAUGAACCCUGUGGUAUCAUUGUAUCUGUCGGUGAAUGUUGCAAACGUUUUCGCAUUGGUGAUCGAGUUACAUGA